AUGGAACCAUCGUUCAACCACAUUAUUAUUUCCUUUGGUGAACCUAAGAAGCCUGCAAACAACAUUAUUUACAUGGACGUGUCGUUGUAUAAAGCUGCAGCAGUAGGCAAAAUUGAAGAAUUCAAUAAUUACCCGAGGCCUGAACUUGAGUCGCUGAAGACCCCAAACCAUGACAACGUGCUCCAUGUUAACUUAUCAACCUCUGAGUGUAUCGGGCAACGUAGCAGAUCAGAUUUUAUCGAACAAAUCCUUUUCAAGUGUCCAUCACUGCUACGCCAAACAAAUGCGAAAGGUCAAACUCCCUUGCAUGUUGCAGCAAGGAAUGGGCAUUCUGCUAUUGUGAAACUCCUAAUCAAGUCUCGUGCCAAAGCUACUGAUGAAGAUUUAAAGAAGCUGGGAAUGGAUCAAUUGAAUGCAGUCAGGGAGAUGCUGAGGAAUACGGAUCAGGAAUCCAACACGGCUUUACAUGUUGCAGCAAGGUAUGGUCACGUCGAAGUGGUGCAAGAAUUGCUGGAGUUUGAAAACCCUGAUUUCCCAUAUUUUGUCAACAGAAAUCAGGAGACUCCACUUCACAUAGCAGCUAGGAGAGUAGAUAAGCUCUCACUGAUUAUACUAUUAGAUAAAUUGGACAGCUUUGCAUGCAGCAGCCAUGAGGCAACAAAGAUAAUAGUAGAGAAUAAAGGGGAUAUGACAAAGGAAACAGAUGAAAAUGGACACACCCCUCUUCACUAUGCUGCGCACUUAGGUCACGAUUCAGUUGUGGAAGAGCUGUUAAAAUGGGAUUUACUUGCUGCCUACGUAGGCGAUAAAGAGUGGGAAAUGACACCCCUUCUUAUGGCAGCCCGGCAAGGCCAUGGACAAAUAGUAACAAAGAUUCUCUCUUCUUGUCCGGGUUGCUGUGAAAAAGUGGACAAAAGGGGUUGGAUAACUUUUUCAUUUUGUGGAGUGAAAGAGCAAAUUAUGGAAUUGUUGAAAGAUAUUACAAAUGAGGAAGUAGCCGAGAAACCAGUUCGUCCCAUACCUUCGAUAACUAUCUCUGCAGAUAGGUUGGAGAAGGAAAGAGAGGUUCAUUUAGUAGUGGCAGCACUUAUAGCCACCGUGACUUUCGCAGCAGCCAUAACCGUUCCAGGUGGUUUGAAAAAGGAAAAAGGGUCAGAGCAGGGCAUUCCUUUUCUCAUUCAUGAUGCAACUUUUAAAGCAUUUAUUGUAACCGAUGCAUUGGCCUUUCUUUUCUCCCUUUGUGCCCUCCUUUUCCAUUUUGGAAUGCUGCCUCCUUUUUCCUCAAUUCAGCGCCCUACUUUUCUGUCUCACGUCGGUGCCACUACGUUUCUUGGUUAUGCAACGUAUGCGAUGGUGAUUGCUUUCUGUACAACCAUUUAUGUGGUGUUAAAGCCUUCGUACGGGCUUUCCUUCGUUUGCUAA